AUGAUAUUGAAAGGGGAUCCAGUCAAUUUCAAGAAAAUCAAUUUAGAUGAGAGGAAUCUCGUUUGUAGCAGCAAAGGUGGUGGGUGUAGCAGACCCCUUUUGGAAAACCAUCUAAUCGUUGGGAUUUUUUGA